AUGUUCGCAAGCGACAAAAUACUGAUUUUAUUCCCUUUGUUCCUUCUAGCCAGCGCCAAACUCAACCCGGUGAUAUUCGUACCGGGCGACGGGGGCGCCCAACUCGAAGCCAAACUGAACAAAACCGACGCCGUGCACUACAUUUGCGAGAAAACCACCAGCGACUACUUCAACAUAUGGCUCAACAUGGAGCUGCUCGUGCCAUUGGUCAUAGACUGCUGGAUCGACAACAUCAAAUUGAUAUACGACAACGUCACGAGAACGACAAGAAACAGCGAUGGCGUUGAUAUAAGAGUGCCCGGUUGGGGCGGAACGGAGACAGUCGAAUGGUUAGAUCCCAGUCACGCAGCCACCGGAUCGUAUUUCGUAGACAUCGGUAACGCUUUAGUGGGGUUAGGUCACGCCCGAAAUAUCAGCAUCAAAGGAGCCCCGUACGAUUUUAGAAAAGCCCCGAACGAAAACUCUGCGUAUUUCGACAAACUCAAAGCACUUGUAGAGGAGGCUUAUAAAGAGAACAACGACACCCCGGUGAUACUCAUAGCACACUCGAUGGGAGGCCCCAUGUCGCUCACGUUCCUCAAUCGACAAACCCAAGCUUGGAAAGACAAGUUUAUACAGAGUUUGAUCAGUUUGAACGGCGUUUGGGGGGGCUCCAUGAAAGCCGUAAAAGUCUACGCGAUCGGAGACGAUUUGGGCUCGUACGUGCUACGAGAGAGCGUCAUGCGAAGCGAGCAAAUCACAUCGCCCAGCCUCGCCUGGCUGUUGCCUUCGAAGCUCUUCUGGAAACCCGACGAAGUCCUCGUACAAACCGACAAGAAAAACUACACCAUCAACGAUUUGGAAGAAUUCUUCAAGGGAAUCGGGUACCCGAACGGAUGGGAGAUGCGAAAAGACACGGAACCCUACCAGCUACAGUUCAAACCACCUGGAGUCGAGGUGCAUUGUUUGUACGGUUCUAACGUUCAAACGGUCGAAAAGUUGUACUACAAACCGGGGACCUUCCUCGACGGUUACCCGACGUUAUUGUACGGAGACGGGGACGGGACGGUGAACAGGCGAUCGUUGGAGGGCUGCUUGCAGUGGAGGACGUUGCAGAAGCAAAAGGUCUUUGUGCAGGAGUUGCCCAAAGUCGAUCACUUGCAAAUAUUGCACGAUAAAACCAUGUUGAAGUAUAUCACCGAUGUGAUCAAGAGGUAUUCCGUGGCGAAGAGGAAAGAGUCGUUUUGGGAUCGAUUCUCGAUGUUCGGGUGA